AUGAUUCUCGCUAGUGCCUAUGCAAGCGGAUCUCUCGGUGGCACCCUUGAGAUCAUUGAUAUUGAUGGUCAAUGCGCGAUAUGGUCCUAUGACAACCAUGGCUGCACGGGAUCUUCGGAAUUCUUUAGCAAACUUGACGGAGAUGACUGUGCAAUUGCAUGGAUUGAGGUGGAACAUACUGGCCUGGUCAGCUUCUUCAAUUACCAAGGCGACAAGUCGGCAUGUACAUUGGACAACGGACUCAAGCAUGGCAGCCGAUGUAUCGCUACUGACACGAUAUCCUCCACCAAGGCGUCCUCCGCUUUGACGACACCGAGAUCUUCGUCAUCAGUGUCGGAGUCAUCCUUGACUACCUCCCAGACCGCACCUUCUUCCGAUUGUUCCGCGGAUUGA